AUGCAGCACUCAAUCUUCACCAACCUCUUCCUGGCGGUCUCCCUUAUGAGCACCGCCGCCUUCGGUAAAGCAAUCGAGGUCCCGGCCCCGGGCCCCGCCGUCGUCGUCCGCCAGACAAACCCCACGACGCCCGCCCAGUCAACCAUCAUGUCGUGCGGCGAGUACUCCCGCAUCGCCAACCUCUCCACCGUCGGCGCAAACAGCACCUACCGCGCCACCUUUUUCGAGGCCUCGCCGAACGGCAACCAGUUCAACGCCGAGGUCCUCGACACCGCCAUCCUCAAGCUGCCGACCGUCAUCAUGGACCGCGCGCUGAACGAGGCCUGCGGAAACCUGACGGCGCUGGCGAUCCAGGAGGCUGCGAACAACUUCUCGAUCCGCACCGUGUUGCAGUUUUCAAACAUCCCGCCUGCUGAGCCGCUUGAUACCUCUACGCACAUCAUCUUUGUCUGUGCCGGUGCGUUGUUCUUCAUGAGUGGAAUUUGGGUGGCCAUGCCGUGA